CGCAGUGAGACGGACAAUCAUGGCGACCUCCAGUGAAAGCUCUGAGUGCAGCGAGAGCACUCUGAGGAGGAGACGCGGAGAGCCGCAGAACUCUGAAGUUAGCACAGAGGACAGCACCAAAGAACCGGUAAACGAAGACAAGCCCAAGUAUGAGAAAAACGAGGCCAUUCCGUUGCGUCCCGGGACAUAUUGGCUCACUCGAAUCGUGCUGCUGCGCGCUAUUGCGUUCAUCUAUUUCGUUGCCUUCAGUGUGGCGCUCUAUCAGAACAAGCCGCUGAUCGGUGAGAAGGGGCUGAUGCCCUGUAAGGACUACCUGCGCAGCGUCAAGCGCUACGUGGGGGGCAAGAUUGGCAUGGCUGCCCUGGCGUACACGCCCACGCUGCUCUGGUUCAUGGACUGGGAGGGCAUGGACGCCAACCUGGACGGCAUGGCCCUGGCAGGGCUGGCGCUGUCCGCGUUCGUGCUGGUCACCGGGAGGGCCAACAUGAUCAUCAUGACGCUGCUGUGGGUACUGUACCACUCCAUCGUCAGUGUUGGACAGCUCUGGUACUCUUUUGGCUGGGAGAGUCAGCUCCUGGAGACUGGAUUCCUGGGCAUCUUUCUGUGCCCUCUCUGGAGCCUGGAGCAGUUGCCACGACGAUGCCCACCCUCCCUCAUCUCCAUCUGGACAUUCCGCUGGCUCAUCGUGCGCAUCAUGCUUGGAGCAGGGCUGAUCAAGAUCAGAGGAGACAAAUGCUGGAGAGAUCUCACCUGCAUGGACUACCACUACGAGACCCAGCCGGUUCCUAACCCGAUGUCCUACUUCAUGCACUGGUCUCCGUGGUGGUUCCAUCGUUUUGAGACGUUCUCCAACCACGUCAUCGAGCUCGCCGCCCCCUUCCUCACCUUCAUGGGCCGACGCCUGUGUAUGGUCAACGGAGCCCUGCAGAUCCUCUUCCAGGUGGUGUUGAUCGUGAGCGGUAACCUGAGUUUUCUAAACUGGCUCACCAUCGUGCCCAGUCUCGCCUGCUUCGAUGACGCUUCACUCAGCUUCCUGUUUGGGCGGAGCCAGGGCGGGGCCAGGAGCCAAGUGCAAACGAUCCAGGAGGAGGAGUCAGCAGGGAAGGCCCCACCCCCAACAAAAGGUAUGUUGGUGCGGAGAGUGCUGAAUGUGUCUCUGGGCGUUCUGAUUGGCUACCUGAGCAUACCUGUGGUGCUGAACCUGGUCAGCUCCAGACAGGUGAUGAACACCUCCUUUGAGCCGCUACGCAUCGUCAACACCUACGGAGCCUUCGGCAGCAUCACUAAGGAGCGUACAGAGGUGAUCUUCCAGGGCUCCUUGACCUCUGACCCCGCUGACCCGGCUGCUGUGUGGGAGGAGUACGAGUUCCACUGCAAACCUGGAGACGUGCGGCGCCGCCCCUGCUUCAUCUCGCCCUACCACUACAGACUGGACUGGCUCAUGUGGUUCGCUGCCUUCCAGACAUAUGAGCAGAAUGAGUGGGUGAUUCAGAUCGCUGGGCGUCUGCUGGCCAAUGACUCCUCAGUGCUCUCCCUCAUAGAGAAGAACCCCUUUGAAGGAAGAGAGAAACCCAGGUGGCUGCGCGGUGAGCAUUUCCGCUACAAGUUCACGGUGCCGGGUGGCAGUGCGGCGUCUCAGGGCAAGUGGUGGGCACGGCGACGCAUCGGGCCCUACUUCCCCCCCGUCAACGUCACCACCCUCAGGAACUACUUCCAGUCUCGCAACUGGCCCCUCCCAGAGACCUACUGACCUGCACAGCGACCUCUGACCCAGGAAGUGUUUCCAGCAUGGCUACUCUCUCUGGGGAGCUGGACAUGGGGCACCAGUGGUCUUCCUCACCCCCCCCCCCCCCCAGUCUUUCUCCUCUUCCUCAGUGCCAAAGCGGCAGUGUUACACUGUGAACAACUAUCUACAAAUCUCAUACUGUAGGUCAAAGGGAAUCAUGUGUAUAAUAAUUAAGCCAAAUGUGUGUAAUAUAUGAAUGGACCAAACGCAGGGCUUGUCUGUGACUGUGUGUAGAGUUCUGUAAUGCUAUAUAUAACAGUAUAUAAUACUAUAUAGCGUCCUAUUGAUUGCAGGCCCUGCAUGCUGUGCAUUCACUGUGCCCUAUGAGGCGCUGCUCUCAUGAUGUCAUUUCCCUUCUUUAUGCAUGGCUCCGCCUACUGUGGUCAGUUUGCCACAUUCUCAAGAGUCCGAGUAAACGUCGCCUGUUUUGAACUUUCUGAUAAACUGAUACUGUAAACUUGGAAACACUUGUAAAAGUCCCCAGUCCCAGCAAUGUGUGUGUUAUUGUCAUGUUUUCCCAAUGUGUGUGUUAUUGUCAUGUUUUCCCAAUGUGUGUGUUAUUAUCAUGUUCUUCUAAUGCGCACGUUCAUCUUGCCCUCUCAUCUGAAUGGAGGGGCCAUUUCAUAAUCAAUCACUAAUAAUCAUAUCAGCUUUGGAACAA